UUUUGGCCGAGCGAGGAGGGUCCAGCAUUGCCAGGCAACACCUCGUUCUCGCUGUGUUCCCGUGCUAGAAGAGAGGAGGGAGGAGGGAGACACCUGACUGUCUUACCGGUCGCUGGGUGUGAGUAGUGACUGGAGUUGGGCCGAGACUUGGGUGAACGUCCCCAUUGUCCUCUUUUCAGUUGGUAAUCUUCUCGUCCUGCCCUCCACUGAACAAAUCUUGUUAAGAUAAAAUCUGUCCCGUCCGACUCAGCUCACUCGGCGGACCAUCUCGCGAAUCGAGUAGAGUUGAAAUCGACUCAACAGACUGGCUAGAUCUGCAACCCAACACCACCCUACCCUACCUACCUCCAAUAGCAAGGGAAAACAAACCCAAAAUUAAAGGCUACAGUACCGAGUACCAGCUACUAAGUUCCCUUGCAAUCGAUCUGCUUGCUGUGCCUGUGCCAUGCGGUCCCUUUUGUGCUUCCAUGCUUUCCGGCACCUCGAGGACGGCGUACCAGCCUACCCUCCUCGAGUCCUCUAUGCCCAAGCCCUCCGCGCAGUUCGUUGUCUCUCCAAUAAAUCCCUCGUCCCUUGAUGGAAUGUUGUGAACGACUUUACCUCUCCUACGCCAUCGUAGCCUUUGGACCCUGACCGGUCGCAACGCCGUGAAUGGAGUAUAUUGGAAGAACUGGGAGAAGCAAGAAGGACAGGAAUAGAGAUGAAGGGGACACGCAGCGCGUUUACUUUGUGCGCAUCUCGAAAACGCGACCCCUAGACAAUAUGGAAAGAAAACAAUGCCAGUGGGAAGCUGAUGAAGUUCUAACAGUCAUAUGGCAAAGCAUAAAUGCGAUUUAGCAGUAACAGCAACAGCACAUUAACUUACUGUUGGUGAUUCCCCGUUCCAUCUUUUACUCUUUCAUACAUGUACACUAAUCCUCGUUCCCGGGCCACCACAGGUAGGCAGGUACUUGCUUCCUCUCGCCACCCCUGGACCAGGUAGUCAUUGGACUUGGGUGGACUUGGGACGCACUCCGUCAUUUCCUUGUCCAGCUGCGCACGCUAGUCUGCCCUGCCGUGUGGUCCGCGAGGCCUCAAGCUGCAAGAACAAGAAGCACGAACCACCCUGGCUGCCCCUCUUUGCAAAGUACCUCCCUACCUUUCCUGCUUUCUCCUACAUCGACCAACCCACCUCGCGCUUCUCCAAACGGCGCGACAACAUCCUCCUUCUCCCACUUCUCGGGUACCCAAACUUCACCACACGUUUCUCGUGCAUCAAUCCCUCUCUCUCUCUCUCUUUCUCUGACCAACGGCCUCCGCCCUCGAUAUCCGUCGUCUCAAAAAAAAAAAAAAAGGGGGAGAAUAAGGGACAUACUAAAGGAAUAAACAACAGCCACGCAGAGCUGUUGACGGUCCGCCCCAUCCCGCCCUGCACUCGAAACGAUUCGGCUCUCAACUCACGAUCUCGUCUGUCUUCGCUUGGAGAACAGCUGUCUCGGUCCAGCCGCUCAAGCAGGUGCAGCCACCGCCUCUGCCCCCUUCCUCUCUUCCCACUCCUACGCAGCCACCCGGGAAGCAGCACAAGACAAGAGGAGGUUCAUCUUUCUCCUUUUCUCUGUCGCCCAAUUUCGCGUCUCACCUCUUUCUGCAAUCCAGCCUCGACAAUUGCCAGUGUCUCUCCUUGCAGAUUGCUCGUCGACCUCGAUAGUGCAAUUGAUUUCAGUACUUGGGAAAGCCUCAAAAUCCGCUAUCCGACACGAAUCCGCUGCCGGUGCCGCUCAGCUCGUCUCUCGACCACAUCUGUACUCUUCUCCUUGGGCCUUGAAACGAGCAAUUGACUCGUCGGCUUCCAGCUUGUCUCUCGUGCAAUUACCCUUGCACGGCUUCCACAUCAACGAAACACAGUUGUCGUUCCUUGCUGCCCAUCACGGCCCGCCUUCGAGUCUCGGAUCCGUUACCCCUCAUUCCCGUCGAUUUCGCUUCGCCCAACGUCGGCCAACAAUAGCAGGGCUUUUGCCGUGCUGACAACACCUCCCGAGCCAUGGCGCAGAACCGCCCCGCCGCCUUCAACACUCUCAGGAUGGGAGAGGUUAUUCGCGAGAAGGUCCAGGACGGGAUCACUGGAGAAACGAGGGACCUCCAGUAUACGCAAUGCAAGAUUGUUGGCAACGGCUCUUUUGGUGUCGUCUUUCAGACCAAGCUUUCGCCGUCAGGAGAGGAUGCGGCUAUUAAACGUGUCCUCCAAGACAAGCGAUUCAAGAACCGUGAACUUCAGAUCAUGCGGAUCGUCCGGCAUCCCAACAUCGUGCAGCUCAAGGCCUUCUAUUACUCCAAUGGCGAACGCAAAGAUGAGGUUUACCUCAACCUUGUUCAGGAGUUCGUGCCCGAGACGGUCUACCGCGCCUCCCGCUUCUUCAACAAGAUGAAGACGACAAUGCCCAUCCUGGAGGUCAAGCUCUACAUUUACCAGCUCUUCCGCGCACUCGCCUACAUUCACUCGCAAGGAAUUUGCCAUCGUGACAUCAAGCCUCAAAACCUCCUUCUCGACCCCACGUCGGGUAUUCUGAAGCUGUGUGAUUUCGGCAGCGCCAAGAUAUUGGUCGAAAACGAGCCAAAUGUGUCGUACAUUUGCUCACGAUACUACCGAGCACCGGAGCUUAUUUUUGGCGCCACGAACUACACCACUAAGAUCGACGUGUGGUCCACUGGCUGUGUGAUGGCAGAGCUCAUGCUUGGACAACCUCUUUUCCCCGGAGAAUCAGGCAUCGACCAGCUUGUCGAGAUUAUCAAGGUCCUUGGCACGCCUACACGAGAGCAAAUCCGCACGAUGAACCCCAAUUACAUGGAACACAAGUUCCCGCAAAUCAAGCCGCAUCCCUUCGCCAAGGUCUUUAGGAAGGCGGAUGCGAAUGCGAUUGAUUUGAUCGCGCGCCUCCUCGAAUACACCCCGACAGAGAGACAAGCCGCCGUUGAGGCCAUGGUUCACCCGUUCUUUGACGAGCUGAGAGAUCCUAACACCAGACUGCCUGACUCCCGACACCAGAGCGGCGAGAUCCGUGAUCUACCCCCUCUAUUUGACUUCAGCCGCCACGAGCUUUCGAUUGCCCCGAGCCUGAACCACCAGCUGGUGCCCCCUCACAUGAAAUCAGUCCUGGCCGGGAGGGGAUUGGACAUUGAUAACUUCACUCCGAUUCCGAAGGCCGACAUGAUGGCCAAACUGGAUUGAGCAAGCCGGAGUUCUUAUCCAGGGACUUGGCGCACUCGUGGACCGUCCCCGACUCUUCUCGGCCACAGACCUACUGUUCCACCAGCGCAUAUCGAGAUGGAACUUGUGCACGGGAGUGCAGGGGCAUCGGCCUCGACCCGCAGAUCCGACCGAAUGAUGAUAAGAUGCUACACGUGCAAUGACGACCAGAGGCUGAGCUGCGUCGAUCGCUCAAAGUGCAGAUGCUUACUGGCUAGGACGUGCGAGGUGUUUGUGCUUCUCAAGAAAAUCAAGCGUCCCACGUUGACACGGAGGAGGCAUGGCGAGAAUUAGCCCAUGGAUGCACGUCUACUUUGAUUAUGCGACUUGUUGCUGACCGUUUCCCUGGGAGGCUGCAUCGUUUGCAAAUCGCAAAAGAAGAGGUUCUGGACCACAUCCUGACAUACGACCCGAUAUGGCUUUCACUUUGUUCUUCCUCAUGUUACCGAAAACGCUUCCUCACGCGACGGGCGAUUGUCUGGAUGGCCCAAGCACACCCUUUUCUCGUCUUUUCAUCACUUUGUUAAAGUCAAGCGGGACUUCAUCACCUCUCGGCAUUCGCUAGAUGUGAGGAGGACUUGCUGUGAUUGCUGUGAAGGUGGACCCUUCUAUGGUUAUUGGUAGAGAAUGGCGGAAGGCUUGGAUGGAGUCGGGAUGCCCUCCUGCUUGUUGGGAGACGGGGGUGGCAGGUCCGGGUUGGUAUUAGGCAUGAUUCCGAGGAAAAGAGUUCGGCUUUCUCUGUUUAUUCACGGCGACGCAAUGAUGGCGAGCCAGGGAGGUCAAUUAAAAGGAUUGGGACUGGCUACUUUGCUCAGACAAUGGGAAAGAAUGCUGUUGUUAUGAAUCUAUCUGGCUAAGAGUGGCCCAGCAAGACAAAUGCGAGGCAAUCCACUCUUUUCAAUCUAAACGAUUGCCUCGCGACGGUUCUCUUACCC